UUUCAAGAACGUGACAGUGGGUGGGCGUUGUCGCGAAUCAUGAAUCUUACAGUAAACAUCAAUAAGUGUAAUCCAUUGCGCGCAGGAUGUCGCUUCGAAGUGCCGCGAGAGAUAAUGACAAAGAGAGCGGUGAUUAACGUACGCUCGAUGGACAAUGCAUGCUUCGCAUGGUCGGUGGUCGCCGCUCUGUACCCAGCCGAAAGAAACGCGGAUCGCGAAUCUUCCUACCCACACUAUACGACGGUGCUGAAUUUCCAAAAUAUAGAAUUUCCUAUAACGUUAAAAGACAUAACAAAAUUUGAACGUCUCAACGACGUGUCCAUUAACGUAUACAUUAUCGAGAGACAAAAAACGCUAAACGUUCUCCCGAUACGACUCGCUGACGACAAAAAGGAGAAACAUGUUAAUUUACUAUAUUUGCGAGAUCCGCGAGACGACAAUGUGGGCCACUUCGCAUGGAUCAAGAAUAUUUCUCGGCUCAUGAGCUCGCAAUUGAAUAAACAUAACGGCCAAAAGUACAUUUGCGAUCGCUGUUUACAUUAUUUUCAUUCCAACGAGAGAUUGCAGUUACACAUGGUAGAUUGCGUACGUAUAAACGACUGCGCUAUUCGACUACCGAGCGACGACGACAAGUGGCUGAGCUUUAACAACUAUAAUAGGAAGGAACGAGUUCCAUUUGUCGUUUACGCUGAUCUGGAAUGCAUCCUCGAGAAAACUGAUAGCGAUCAGGAAGCAUCUACGCUCACGUAUCAACAUCAUCAUCAAGUAUUUAGCAUAGGAUACUACGUGCGCUGUUCAUACGACAAUUCGCUAUCAAAAUAUCGAUUUCGUCGCGAUCCGGAUUGCGUUUCAUGGUUCGUCGAAAAACUGAGAAGUUUAGCACAUUGCGUAAAAAGAAUUUUAGCAGCUAAUGUCCCCAUGGAAACUUUGUCGAGCGAACAGUGGGAGACAUUGCACAGCUAUGAUUCACAUUUUAUUAUCAAAGAAAUAGCUACAGCAUAUGAAGGCAGUAUAGAAUUACUACCAAUAACAAAGGAAAAAUAUAUAUCAUUUACAAAAAAUGUUCAAGAUACCGCUGAAAGAUCAGAUUCGCGAAAUAACAUAAAAUUACGGUUUAUCGAUUCUUAUAAAUUUUUAAGUACCAGUCUCGACAAAUUAGCAUCCUUUCUCAAUAAAAAUGAACUUCGAAUUUUACAAUGCGAAUUUCAAAAUUUGCCCGAAGAAGACUUCGAGUUACUGAUACGAAAAGGGAUUUUUCCAUACGAAUAUAUUGAUUGCGCCGAUAAGCUGCAGGAUACGCGUUUACCACCGCGCGAAUCAUUCUACAGUUCCUUGACCGGUGACACUGUAACCGAAAGCGAUUACGCGCACGCUGUGAACGUUUGGCAACAAUUCUCCGUUCAAACCUUGGGUGAAUACAGCGAUCUAUAUUUAAAAACGGACGUGUUGCUGUUAGCUGACAUAUUUGAAAAUUUUCGCGAUAAAUGUAUUGAAAGUUACGGUCUCGACCCUGCGUAUUAUUAUACUUUACCAGGUUUUACGUGGGACGCUAUGCUGAAACAUACACGCGUAAAUUUCGAAUUGCUCACUGACAUCGAUAUGGUGAUGUUUAUCGAGCGCGGUAUACGCGGCGGUCUUAGUCAAUGUUCCAGCAGGUACGCGCGAUCCAAUAACAAAUAUAUGCAGUCGUACGACCCGUCGAAACCUUCUACGUACUUGAUGUAUUUCGAUGUUAAUAAUCUAUACGGGUGGGCGAUGUGUCAACCGUUGCCAUACGCCAAAUUUCGAUGGGUCGAAAACAUCUCGGACUUUGACGUUAGCGCGAUUGCUCAGGAUUCGCUCACAGGUUACGUUCUUGAGGUCGACUUAGAAUAUCCGGAGCGUCUGCACGACGAGCACGUUGACCUACCAUUCUGUCCAACGCGUGAUAAACCACCUGGCAAGCGGCAGGAUAAACUUUUAGCGACUGUGUAUGACAAAAAACGUUACGUUAUACAUUAUCGCAAUUUGCAGCAGUGCAUGCGUCACGGUCUUCAUGUAACAAAGAUUCACCGCGUAUUGCAAUUCGCACAAUCACCAUGGAUUCGCGAGUACAAAGAACUUAAUACAAAAUUUAGAACGCUUGCGAAGAAUGAUUUUGAGAAAAAUUUAUUUAAGUUAAUGAAUAAUGCAGUAUUCGGCAAAACCAUGGAGAACGUGCGCAAUCACAUCGAUGUAAAAUUACUAACACAAUGGAAUGGACGAUACGGCGCAGAGACAAUGAUCGCGAAGCCGAAUUUUCACAGCAGAAAUGUAUUUUCUGAAAAUCUGAUAGCAAUUAAAAUGCGUAAACUUGAGGUGAAGUUCAACAAACCGAUCUACGUAGGAAUGUGUAUUCUCGAUAUAUCGAAGAUACUGAGUCUCAUAUAUCGCGUCGAGUGUGAUGAACAAAUGAAACGUGAUAUCGCUAGGUUCGAUACGAGUGAUUAUUCUACCGAUAAUGUGUAUGGUAUACCACUUGUAAAUAAAAAAGUGCUAGGCUUAAUGAAGGAUGAAAAUAAUAGCGCAAUAUUGACUGAAUUCGUUGGACUCAGAGCGAAAAUGUAUGCGUUGAGGGUGGAUGGUAAAAAAGAUACUAAAAAGGCAAAAGGUGUCAAAAAUCAAAAUUACAUCAAGUAUAUAUCUGAGACGAAAAUCGCUCUGAGUCCGUACGACGACAAACGAUACGUCAUACCGAAUUCAACCAAAACAUUACCAUGGGGACAUUAUCAAAUACCUUUGUAA